AUCAUGUCCUUCGGCAAGCUCUACAGCUAUCCGGGCAACCCGCGCACCACCUCCCUGCUCGCGGUUGCGAAGGAGAACGGCCUCGACCUCGAGUUUGUCCACACGGAGCCUGCAAAGGGCGUGCCGACCGAGUAUCUGAAGCUUAACAAGCUCGGCAAGGUCCCCACCUUUGAGGGCGCCGAUGGCUUCGUCCUCACCGAGUGCAUCGCCAUUGCCGUGUACUUGACUUCGCAGAACGAGAAGACCACGCUUCUCGGCAAGACCAAGCAGGACUACGCCUCUAUCCUCCGAUGGAUGUCGUUCGCCAAUAGCGAGGUCCUGCCCCCGCUCGGUGGAUGGUUCCGUCCCAUCAUCGGCCGCGACCCCUACAACAAGAAGAACAUCGAGGAAUCACAAAAGGCUGCUCUCAAGGCCGUCCACACCCUUGAGGAGCACCUCCUUACCCACACCUACCUCGUCGGCGAGCGUCUGACCCUUGCUGACAUCUUCGCCGUUGCCAUUCUUGCCCGCGGCUUCCAGUACUUCUUCGACAAGACAUGGCGUGCGGAGAACCCCAACGUCACCCGUUGGUACGAGACCGUCUACAACCAACCCAGCUACUCUGCUGUCGCUGACAAGCUUGAGUUCAUCGACGAGGCCAUCAAGAAUGUUCCGCCCAAGAAGGAGUCUGCGCCCAAGAAGGAGCAGCCCAAGAAGGAGGCCCCCAAGCCUAAGAAGGAGGUGGCUGAGGAGGAAGAGGAGGAUAAGCCUGCCCCGAAACCCAAGCAUCCGCUCGAGGCUCUGCCGCGCGCUACUUUCGUCUUGGACGACUGGAAGCGCAAGUACUCCAACAAUGACACCCGCGAGGUUGCUCUUCCCUGGUUCUGGGAGAACUGCAACUUCGAGGAAUACUCCCUUUGGAAGGUCGACUACAAGUACAACAACGAGUUGAAACUCACUUUCAUGACCUCCAACUUGAUUGGUGGUUUCUUCGCCCGUCUCGAGGCUAGCCGCAAGUAUAUCUUCGGUGCCGCUUCCGUCUAUGGCGUCAACAACGACUCCGUUGUCCAGGGCGCCUUUGUCAUCCGCGGGCAGGAGGCUCUCCCUGCGUUCGACGUCGCGCCCGACUACGAGAGCUACGAGUUUACCAAGCUCGACCCCAAGAAGCCCGAGGACCAGGAGUUUGUCAACGAUCAGUGGGCGUGGGACAAGCCCAUCACGGUCAAUGGCAAGACGUACGAGUGGGCCGACGGUAAGGUGUUCAAGAGUUGCGACGCAAGAGGCUGUCCUUGGGCAACGUAUUCGAGAAGGCCUGUGGGACCCGCAUUCUGGUUCGACGCUGCGCCAAGGCACGACUCGACGGGUGCCCGCGUUCGCAACGAACGACAGACAGACCCACCCCGUACACUGCCGCCGCCGCCGUGGAACAGGAGUCCGGAGUUGCUAGGUGGCUUGGGAUCGUUCGGGACAGAAGAGAAGGAUAGCAAAGCGGGGAUGAAGGAGGGAGAUGGGCAGGCGCAGACGAGGCGGACGUCGGGGCAUUCCAGCGAGCCUGCCAUUCAGGUGAUCUGCCUGGGCUCCGGCGGCGGUCCAAGCGAAGACAACGUAACCGGCUUCCUCGUCCGUUCCACAGCAUCCAAAUGGGCGAAGAACUCGGUAUUGGCGGUCGAUGCAGGGUCCCACCUCGCAUCCAUUACCCGCAUACUAGAAAACGACUUCCCGCUCGUAUCCGACCCAGAACCAAAAGAGUGCGCAAAGCCCCGCAACGGUAACGGAAAUGGUCGCGACAUCGACUCGCCAUCACCAGGCACCGCCCGUGUCUCGGUCUCAGACGAAGAAUCUGGCGCUGAUUCGCCAUGUUCUGAGACGGAGCAAGCGCCCACUAUAACAACAUUAGAGACCGGCGCUUUUGCUGGGUUGCCAUUUCCUCACGCGAGUGCCAGAGCGAAUGCCUUGCAUGUCGUUAGAGAGCAUGUGUCGACGUAUCUCAUCACGCAUCCGCAUCUAGAUCACGUAUCGGGCUUCGUCAUAAAUACGGCUGCUUUUCAUAACACGUCACGGCCCAAACGACUUGCCGCGCUACCUUUCACCGUAAAUGCGAUCAAGACGCACAUCUUCAACAACAUCGUGUGGCCGAACCUCACAGAUGAAGACGGAGGCGUAGGCCUGGUCACGUUUCAGCGACUCGCAGAAGGCGGCAACAUCGCGCUCGGAGAAGGAAGCGGUCGGGGCUACAUUGAAGUCUGCGACGGUCUUGGUGUACGAGGGUUCAAAGUCAGCCACGGACACUGCAUGCGAGGGCCCGGCCACGUGCACCGCGGCUCCAAUGCGAAUCUCCCCGAAACCCCAGGAAUCCACCGCGCUCCAGCACAUCACGACGGCGCCGCGGAAAGCCGCGAGGGUCGCUCACUAAGCUUCUCUUUGCCGACGCAGAGCGCGCCCGGCACUCCUCUAUUCACCGGCACCACGGAUGCAGGACGGAGCACCAACGUUACCGGUGGGAAUCAAUUCGAGCAAUGCGUCAUUGAUUCCACGGCGUACUUCAUCCGCACGGAGUCGACGCCCAGCACCCCGACCAAGGAAGUCUUAAUCUUCGGCGACGUGGAGCCAGAUUCGAUCUCGCUCUCGCCGCGCACAGCGCAGGUCUGGGCCGAGGCCGCGCCGAAAAUCGCCGCCGGCAUCCUCACGGGCAUCUUCAUCGAGUGCAGCUACACCAACGCCCAGGGAGAUGCGGUACUGUACGGCCACCUCGCGCCAAGGCAUCUCCUCGGCGAACUGCAAAACCUCGCCGAAAUGGUCAAGGAGGCGCGGAGAGAGCACGAAAAGGAGAAGGAAGAAGCGCGCAAGGGGCGCAAGCGGAAGCGCGCAUCGGCGUCGAACGGCCUCCUCAUGGCCGGCGCAGUAGACGGCCCCGUAGGAGCCGGCGGCAUCGAAAUGGCACGCAAGUCCAGCCGCUCGAGGAUCUACAACCCCGGCGGCGGAGGCGGAAAAGACACCACCGACGACGAAAUCAUGACGGACUUCGCGCCGUCGCCGACGCCCGGCCGUGGCGCAACGGGCACGCACACGCCGGCGCAUCCUUCUGCGCCCGCCGCGCUCAAUCUCAGCAGCGUCAGCGCGGAGCACAGCAAGGCGCUGCUGGCGGCGGCGUUCGAUGCCCCGCUCAAGGGGCUCAAGGUCGUCUGCAUCCACGUCAAGGACACGCUGGCCGAUGGGCCGCUGGUGGGCGAGGGCAUCCUGAGGGAGCUGAGAGAGGGGGAGAGGGAGUUGGCGGAGAAGGGGAGGGGGUUGGGGUGCGCUUUUGAGGUUGCGAGGAGUGGGGAUAGUUAUUGGUUCUAGGGGCUGGUAAAGCUGGAGUGGGUUGGAUUGGCACGAACAUGGAACGACGGCAGGGAUAGGACAUCUUUUCCCUCAUCUAUGUGAAGGGCGUUACGGACGGUGGUGGUUUUCUUUCGGGCUUUGGCUCCUUUUUUUCUUGAGUAAGCGGGUAUUAUAUUCGUUGGUCGGUUGGUUGGGGUUUGUCCGCAGUGUCCCUUUUGUUUUCCCUUCUCUUUCUGCCUCGUUCAUGUCUUAACGUAGCUAGGUAUGCGAACUACGGAGGAAAGGGACGGGCGGGUGGCCGUAAACAGGGAGUAUGUAAGAUAGAGAGAAGCUCAGCAAGCAGUAAGCAUAUGUUACGAAUUCAUAUUUCUCUG